GCUUUGAGGGAACGUGAGACCUCUUUCGCCGGAUGCCUGAGCGGACUUUGCUGCCGCAGUUUCUUGGACUUGCUCGUUGUGGCGAAUCUGCCGUUGCGGCACAGUGGCUAGGCGCGCAGGGCCCUAACGUGAGGCUUGCGGAAUCUGCUGCGGGAAGAAGAACGCGAGGGUUUCUGCGGCAGCUGCAGUCAUGGCGGCAACUGCGCCCAGCGCGGGGGGCUCCGCGCCUGAGGCGCCGGGUUCCGCCGAAGCCCCGCUGCAGUACAGCCUUCUUCUGCAAUACCUAGUGGGCGACAAGCGUCAGCCCCGGGUCCUGGAGCCCAGUAGCCUGGGCGGGAUCCCGAGCCCGACCAAGAGUGAGGAACAGAAAAUGAUCGAGAAGGCGAUGGAAAGCUGUGCCUUCAAGGCAGCGCUGGCCUGCGUGGGAGGAUUUGUCUUGGGAGGUGCCUUUGGGGUGUUCACUGCCGGCAUUGAUACCAAUGUGGGCUUUGACCCUAAGGAUCCUUACCGUACGCCGACUGCAAAAGAAGUUCUUAAAGACAUGGGACAGAGAGGAAUGUCCUACGCCAAAAAUUUUGCCAUUGUGGGCGCCAUGUUUUCUUGCACUGAGUGUUUGGUAGAAUCUUACCGGGGAAAAUCAGAUUGGAAGAACAGUGUCAUUAGUGGCUGCAUCACUGGAGGAGCCAUUGGUUUCAGAGCGGGCUUAAAGGCCGGGCUUCUCGGGUGUGGCGGUUUCGCUGCUUUCUCUGCUGCCAUUGAUUAUUACCUCCGGUGAGAGAGCCUGCCUCCAGGGAAGGACACUGCCAGCCCAGCAUCGGAGCUGCUCUGUGGGGGCCGCGCUCUGUCCACUGCAGGGCACUCGCUUCAGAGACCGCAGAUGUUUCCCCUCAGACCACUGGUCUCAUGAGGGAGCCACCUGGCUGCCGCCUGCCUCCGCCUCCAAGGAGCCACAUACUCUGUUCCCGGGGUGGGCAGUAUGCUGCGCCAGCCUCUCUCUGAGGCAGAUCAGCAGUGUGCUGACUGGUGGGAAUUAAGCUCCCCAAAGGUUCCGUUCUGCCCAUAGCUGGCCUGUAGGCGGCUCGGGGUGGUGGGACCAGAGGGGACUGAACUCGUACCAGCAGGCUCGUCUGCUUUGGAACUCCGCACAUUCAGCCAUGUCACAUGGCAGGGCAGAGUAAAUUUACACCAUCUGACCCAUUA